AUGAACGAGGACGCGGUUUGUGAAAGGGCCAUAUGCGUCGUGGAGCACAAUGAAUAUGAGGGGAAGGACUCAUACCUGCUGAAGGAGGAUCGACUCCGGCGGAUGCUGCUGCAGGCUGACUGCAGAGACAAGCCGGUCGCAGUGGUGUCCAUCGCCGGGGGGGCGAGGAGGGGAAAGUCCUUCCUUUUGAGUCUCUUCCUGAGAUAUCUCAGGGCUCAAGGGUCUGAAGAUUGGCUAGAUGAUGAAGACACUCCGAUUGCAGGGUUCGCAUGGAAAAUGAGUGCCAAGAGGGUAACGACUGGGAUUCAUAUAUGGGAUGAACUUUUUACAUUGAGGCUCCCCAACGGGGAAGAGGCAUGCGUCCUCCUGAUGGACACGGAAGGGACCUUCGACUGCGAGGAGUCCCUCGCCCACAGCGUCACUAUCUUCGCCCUCAGCACACUCCUCAGCUCCGUCCAGAUCUACAACCUCAAGGAAAAUAUCAACAUGGACGACCUGCUUCACCUCCAGGUAGUUCUAAGCGCCUGUGAGAUCAUGGGUUGCUUCCUGAUGCCUUAUCCCGGGGAUAAAGUGGCUGGGGAUCCUCAUUUCACCGGAUCCCUUACCGAUAUACUGGAGGACUUCAAGGAUCAGCUCCGGCAUCUGGUGCCACAGCUGCUCUCCCCAGAGAAUCUGGUCCUCAAGACGAUCGCCGGCAAUCCCAUCACAUGCAAACAACUCUUCAAAUGCUUCAAAAGUUACAUCGGGAUUUUCAACAACCUCGAGGAGAUCCUUGAGCCCAAGAGUAUUUUUGAGGCCACCGCCGAGGUCCAGCACCGGACCGCCCACGACGAAGCAGUCGACCACUACACCCAACGAAUGGACAGACUCCUGGCGGAAACUCCCGUUCUGGCCCAUUGGAAACUACAGCGAUUUCACGCUAAACUCCGGAUAGAGGCGAUCGAAAGAUUCACCAGUUCCAAAAAGAUGGGCGGGAAAGAACUAUCGGAAAGAUACCAGUCGCUUUUAGAUGAGGUGAGUCUGUGGAUUUCAACAUUUCAGCCUCGCAUGUGGCCAAAUGGUCUUUCAAAUCAGUACGCUCUGUCUUUGCGGUACAUCGUGGAAGUGCCUAAAUUGUCUCCAACCGAUGUGUACUCGCUAACUCCCUUCGUCCUCCGCAUGAGGGCAUUAGACGAAAAUCCGUCUGGAAUUGGACGCCAUUCCCACUUUGAGGUGGCUUCUAGUGCACGUCGUCCCGUCUCCGAAAAGCACCAGAGAUAUGCCAAGGCUAGCAAAGCAGCAAAGGGAGGAGGCGAUAGUCCUCAAAACGAAUUCCAACAGCACAUCCACGAGCUGCACGAGAAAUACGAGAUGGAGCGAGAGGCGAGGGAAGAGCCAACCAGGAGGAAACUGAUGGAAGCGGCCACCGCCGCUCUCAAGAAGUACGGAGAAGACAUGGCGGAGGUGAUGCGUGCGAUUCCUCUACCGACGGGGGAGGAACUGCGAUUUGAACACGAGCAGAAUAAGACCAGGGCGAUUCGAAAAUUCCGAGGAAAUGGGAAAAAUGCAGAUGAAGAGCUCUUCAGGCAAUACCAGCAGAAACUUGAAAAGUGCUUCCUCCGAGGGGACACAUUUCUAACGCUUUCACCCAACCAGGACGUGGAGUCCGAGGCCACCCACUUCUUCAAAGAGCGGCAAUCGAAAGAGAGCACCGCCGACCGGGACCCGAUCGAGGCCGUCCAGUCCGCCGUCUGGUCCUACAGGACGCAGUUGGGCCACACUCGCGGAGGAGCCUAUGUCUCCGAGGAGGAGCUGGAAAGCGAGCGCCGGAAGUUCUACCGGGAUGCGAUCCACACUUUCCGGCAGAGGACUCAAAACACGAUCUGUCCGUAUCUUCUUGGCGGCCACCAGGAUGACAUGAUUCGGCGCUUGGAUGAGCAGUAUAAGAAGUGCAUCGAACGGAGAGAGCCAAAUGAAGGGCAAGCAGAAACAGAACUCAGGAAAGCCAAGGAGAACGCCAUGAAAAUAUACAAUGACCAGAUGAGCAAAUUGCUGGUCGAGUUGAUGAGCGAGGAGAAAUUAAACAACUUUCACGCGAGCUAUCGUCGACAGACAAUCGAGUCCUUCGAAGAGACGAGCAAGAAGCACCCGCAUCUUGCGAAGAAACACGCGGACGACUUGGAGUCGCUCAUGUCUAGCGAACACGAACGAUACAAAGCCUUCAGGAAGUCCCAAGAGGACGUAGCGGCGGCUGCCCUCGAGGACGCAGUGGAGAGAAGCCUGACCCACUACGGGCUCCAGAUGUCCUGCCUCUGCGGCGGCAGGGACGCAGGUGAAGGCGACAGACAAGGCGACACUGGAAGCUCCAUCCUAACCGAGGAGGUACUGCUCGAAAGACACGAGAAGUACCUCAAGGAAGCCAUGGAAAUCUUCUGGGCGACCGGGGCGCAGUCGCCUCGCCUCGCCGAGAACCGCCUGAAGGACCUUCAGGAGGUAACGCUCAUUUUUUAA